GAUACAAAGGUGACAGUGUGAUAUGACUGAUGAUACAAAGAUGACAAUGUGAUAUGACUGAUGUAUCCUAAAGUGACAAUGCGAGUUAGUAUUCUGCGGCUGCUACUCCUUCUGUUCUCUGUAUCUUUCCUUACAAUGGUGUUAGUGUCCCGAUGUGGGAUCAGUACUCUUGACAGCUUCUCUGAGGAGGAAAAGCUACAAGGGAUGCCAUCUUACCAUGAACGAAACAUCCAAACAGCUAGAGAAACUCAGGAAAUCCAGGAGGAGUAUGAGAGAAUCAUACAGGUGAAAGAUGCUGACCAUCUAAAAUACACUGAGGCGCUGAAGGCAAAGAUAGCUGAGCUCGAGCUCCAACUGGAGAAAACACAAGCAUUGACUAUAAACUUCACUAAAAACCAAGCCAAAGAUUUCACCUCAAGUGAGAAACAUGCAUUUGAUGCCGAGAAAUAUUUCGAAGCUCGGAUAAAUGAAGCUGAAAUAUUCCACGGUGUGAAACUAAAAACUGAAUAUGAAUUAGUGCCAUUUAUUCGCUUCACAUACAACCGGAUUUAUCUGGUUGAUUCUGGUUUGGGGAAGCGUGUGGUAGAAAAACCAAUAGGGUAUAAGAAAAAGGAGUUACAUGAGGCCAUAGAAAAAGCAGUGAAUUUGCUCAAUAAACAAGUGUAUGCUGAAAACCUAAAACUUAAAGGUGAUCGUGAUUUUGUGGAGGGUAUAUACAGGACCAUUCCUAAUGCUGGGACCACAUAUGAAAUGUAUUUUAAAGAUACAAUGAAUAAAUCAUUCACUCCAAAUAUGUAUCAUAAAGUGAUUCUAAGCCGGCCAUUUGGUCCUCUACAUUUGGUAGAGAAAUCUGUGAGGACUACAACUAAAGAGCUCAUCAACCUUAUACUACCUCUCUCAGGCCGUAAAGAAACAUUUAAACAUUUCAUGGACUAUUUUGUUAAGAUUUGUAUCAAAUCUGACAAGCGUGUCUUCCUUACUGUAGUCUAUUUUGGAACCGAGGAUCUCAAUUACGUUAAGUCAUUGCUGGGUCAAGUCUCAAAAGCUCAUAAAUUCAAAAAUAUAAAAUUAGUGACGUUAAAUGAAAAGUUUUCCAGAGGUCGCGGCCUCCAAGUGGGUGCGAAAAGUUGGACCAAAGGUGAUGUGUUAAUGUUCCUGUGUGAUGUAGACAUUGUGUUCUCCGUGGACUUCCUUGAGAGGUGUAGACUGAACUCGGAGCGGGGCAAGAAGGUAUACUAUCCCAUGGUCUUCAGUCUAUACAGCCCCAGGGUGGUAUACUCCCUGCAUGACAUGCCUUUGCCCUCAGAGAGAGACCAACUUGUCAUUAGCAAAGACUCCGGAUUCUGGAGGGACUUUGGUUUUGGAAUGACCUGCCAAUAUCGCUCAGAUUUCAUCAACAUCAAAGGUUUCGAUGAGAAAAUCGAUGGUUGGGGUGGGGAAGAUGUUUUAUUAUAUCGCAAAUAUGUCAAAAGUGAUUAUAUUGUUGUUCGUGCUACAGAUCCAAGUAUUUUUCAUCUGUGGCAUGAAAAGGUCUGUGACCCAACACUUUCUACUGACCAGUAUAGAUCAUGUAUACGCUCCAAGGCCCUUAACGAAGCUUCACAUUCUCAGUUAGGCCUUCUCGCCUUCAAAGAUGAAGUUGACCUUCAUAGAAGUUACAAAAAGAAGCUGCACCCUCAUAAAAUUGCUGGAAAACAUUGAGAAACGCUUUAAUUUAGAGAAAGGUUUUAUAUUGUAUUGUAAAACUUAUUGAUAUUUUAAAGUCAGUAUUUAACUUUGAUUUCUCUAUUUUUAUUAAUAAUUCAGGUCAUCUAUUGAGUUUUCAGUUUUAUUCAAGGGCAGCAUAUUCAUCUUGUAUUAAUAUAGUCUCAAAAUACAGUUCUUCCAGUAUGUGUAUGGCCAUAAAUCUGUAUUUUACAAUCAAGAUGUUUAACCUUUUAAGGGGUCCAUUGAGAUCGGGGACCUUUGAAAGACCCCUUGUACCAACUAUGAGAUGAUAUUAUAAUGCCAUAAAUGAAUCUAAUUUUGAUUCAUAGAAAUAUCGGUACAUUGCUGUCAUGGGCAUAGCCAUGGGGGUGCGCUGGAUGAAAAACAUUAACAAAUUAUAGUUUUAAAUGCAUAGAAUGCAUCAAAUGCAUGUAGAUUUUUAAAAAAUUCUGAGGGUGAACCCCCGUAUCCCCCUUUUGGGGCUAACUUCGC